CACUUAUAGACGCGGACGAUUACUGAGCGUUUCUGUGAACUGUUUCAAAGUAACAUUAGUACAAUGGUCAACAUUCGGUCACUCCUGUUGCUUUUGGCCAUCUCGUUGUUAUAUCUAGAUACUAGUAACUGUCAGACUCAUUUGUACCAGGAACUGGAUAACCAUGAUAUUAGGCUGACUGCACUGGAACAGAUGAUGCUGAACUUGACUCAGGCAUGCAACCAUAUGCAACAAAACUACGAAGAUGUCAAACAAGAAAACGCAGUACUGAAGGCAGUGGCUAUGACCCUAACAGUCCGGGUGGAGGCCUUGGAACAGAAUGGUACAGGACAAGCUGCCCAAACGAACAUUGGUGGCACGUCUCCAUCUCAAACAGUGACAGCUACGUCAUCACAAACAUCACAGGCCACCUAUGUGUCAACAUCACCACAGACUCAUGGUCCACCGACGUCGUCCACCACACCACCGAAAGUCAUACCAAGAGACUGUGCGCAUGCUCAAAGGAUGGGAUCUAGACAAAGUGGAGUAUAUAGAAUACAGCCUCAGGACGAUAAUAGAACAUUCGAAGUUCACUGUGAUAUGGUCGACGAUGGUGGCGGUUGGACCACGAUACAGAGACGUAUGGACGGAACGGAAAACUUCGAAAGGAAUUGGAACGACUACAAGAACGGUUUCGGAAAUAUAUCCCGUAAUUUUUGGAUCGGAAAUGACCUUCUUUAUGGCUUGACGAGUCGGGGUCACAUGACGUUUCAUGUCAACCUAGACGACUGGGAAGGGGUAAGGCGGUGGGCAGAGUACCAAGACUUCCAAGUCGGCAGUGAGUUAAGCUGGUACAUGCUUAGUGUAGGAAAGUACACCGGAACUGCGGGUGAUUCCUUUCAUUACCCAGCCUCGUCGCUCCUCCGUCAUGAUGGGAUGAAAUUCAGUACCCCUGACCACGACAAUGAUACGAGUUUUCAACAGUGUGGACGUAUGCUCAAGUCCGGAUGGUGGUUCAACAGCUGUUACAGUUCCAACUUGAAUGGGCCUUACUUGACUCAGCCAAGUGGCAAACACACAUACGGAGAAUCUUGGGGUCAGCCAUCAAUGGACGGAACAGGGAUUGAGUGGUAUCCAUGGAAGAAACACCAGUAUUCGUUUAAAUAUUCCGAAAUGAAAAUUAGACCGACCAAUUUCGUCUGAUACGAUAGUUGCUCUGUGCUUACACCAUUACACAUCCAUUCCUAGGUUCAUCUGAAAUUUUCUGAAAUUAAUGUUUUAUUUGUGAACUUCGGCACAAUAAAAUCGAUGUGCAUUU